UCCUUAUUUCUCUCUCUUCUUCUCAGACAACCUCGGAAGCCCCGACAGAGAGAGGGGAAGAAAGAAUAAAGGAACUUCCUCUUCUGGCAAAAGGGUUCGUUUCUUUUUGAUUGUUGAUCCGAACCCUUUACCCUUGUGUUAUUUUUCUCCAUUUUCCUGUUCAGGAUAAAGAAGAAACAUAAGAAAGUUUGUGUCUUGAUUGAUUUUGUAAGUCAUUUGGUGAAAAAGUUUGAUGAUUAAAUGUAAGUGGGUGGUUCAGAUUUGUAAUGGAAGAAAUGGAGAUGGAUAGCAUUGAGUGUGUAUCAUCAUCAAUGGAUGGCGUUGAAGAUGAAGAGAUCCGAUCUUCUGUUUCAUCUCAUCAACAAUAUUCUUCAGCAAAACCUCAUCAUAAUGUUAUACCUUCCGGGAUUGCCCCAACUAGUGUUCAUGAAUUGCUGGAAUGCCCCGUUUGUACUAAUUCUAUGUACCCGCCUAUUCAUCAGUGUCACAAUGGACACACGCUUUGUUCAACUUGCAAAACAAGGGUGCACAAUCGAUGUCCCACAUGCAGACAAGAGCUUGGUGAUAUAAGGUGUUUAGCGCUAGAGAAGGUAGCAGAGUCGCUUGAACUGCCUUGCAAAUAUUAUUCUUUGGGCUGCCCAGAAAUAUUCCCAUAUUACAGCAAACUUAAACAUGAGACAUUGUGCAAUUUUAGACCAUACAAUUGCCCAUAUGCUGGGUCAGAGUGCUCAGUGACCGGAGACAUCCCUUAUUUGGUUACGCAUUUAAGAGAUGACCACAAAGUGGAUAUGCACACAGGAUGCACGUUCAACCAUCGUUAUGUAAAGUCUAAUCCUCGUGAAGUGGAAAAUGCCACAUGGAUGCUGACGGUCUUCCACUGUUUCGGGCAGUAUUUCUGUCUCCAUUUCGAGGCGUUCCAGCUUGGCAUGGCACCUGUAUAUAUGGCAUUUCUACGCUUCAUGGGUGAUGAAAGUGAGGCACGGAGUUACAGCUACAGUCUAGAGGUAGGAGGAAAUGGUAGAAAGCUCUUAUGGGAGGGUACCCCAAGAAGUAUUCGAGAUAGCCACCGCAAGGUGAGAGACAGUCACGAUGGUCUUAUAAUCCAACGUAACAUGGCACUUUUCUUUUCUGGUGGUGACCGGAAAGAGCUGAAACUUAGAGUUACUGGACGGAUAUGGAAGGAACAACAAAAUCCAGAUGGUGGGGUGUGCAUACCAAAUCUCUGUAGCUAAUUUGGUUUUGUUUUUUUGAGUGAUUAAGUUUGUAUACUUUUUUUUUCUUUUUCUGUUGGAUGUAAUGUGCAUGUAGGUACAGCACUAUGUUUGUUUGUACCUAAGAAGUCGUGCUCUGACCAUCGUGUACUAAGAAUGCUACAUAUACCUUUUUUUGAGUUGUGUCAAUUGUUAAUAACCAUCUUACCGUUGCAUUUA